UCUCUCUCUCUUUUUCGACCCUUUUUCCUGCCAAAAGAAAAGGAGCUCAUGCUGUUUCACUUCUUGGGAUGAGUUAAUGUAUCUGCUUUCUGGGUCUUACUCUCUUGCCUGGUGCUGCCCAUUUGGACAUCUUCGUGAACUGGUUUGACCUUUGAGAGGUGAGCUCUUGCCAUGGUGUUGCUUGAUUUGGAAACUGACCGUUUUUGGGUUUAUGUAUGGGUUGAAGGAUUUUGUUCUGACAUCUUAUCGCGGGUUUGUUUAAGGGGAAACCAAUGAUUUGGAAAACAUUCCCUAAUAACAUGGCUUGCUUGCUUGCAAAAACGGAUGAGCGAGGAAUAUUGUCAUUAUCGACGAAAAUAGUCAGGCAACAAUUUGACACGGAUAAUUAUCUUUUUAAGGAGAAUGUUGUCCAGAUGAGUUGUGUUUGCAGUACAUAGUUGAAUGGUUUGUGAAUUGGAUAGUCCUUGGCCCUUCUUUUUCUGUGAGAAGGAUCAUGAAAUCUCAAUGUCCAUCAUGCUGAAACUGACCGUGGGCAUGCUCUACUAUAUGCCUACGCAGCUAUAAAUAUGAUGUGUUUUCUUGUGUUAACUGAGAAAAUACAAUGCAGGAAAGCAGCCAACCUGGGGUAAGCAGUCUUGAGAUUCAUGGGUUGGUUGACCAAGAUCCUCGGAGGUUCUAGCCAUCGGAAGCAUUAUCAGGAGAAACCCGGAGCUUAUAAAAGCUGGGACGAGAUGCAUAAUUCUGAGGAUGAAUUGGCAGAUCAAGAAAGAGAAGAGAUUGACUAUGCCAUCGCACUUUCUCUCGCAGAAGAAGAUCUAGAGGGGAAAAAGGUGAUUGGAGCUGAUGAAGAUGAUCACUCGGAGGAAGAAGGGCAACCUACUAAUGUAGAAUCAGAAGACAAUGAACAAGUCGGCCAAAAAGAAGAUGAACACGUUGAAGCUCCGAAAGAGGAAGCAAAGCAUGUCCAAUCUCAGUUGGAGGAUGAUGAACAACUCGCCAAGGCUCUCCAAGAAAGCAUGAGUGUUGAAUCGCCCCCUCGAUAUGGAAGUGGAAGCAUCUUUCGCCCUUUUCCAUCCUUCCCUUCUGGGUAUAGAAUUUGUGCUGGUUGCAAUGCCGAGAUCGGGAGGGGACGAUUCUUGACUUGCAUGGAUUCAGUUUGGCAUCCAGAAUGCUUUCGCUGCCAUGCUUGCAAUCAUCCUAUUUCUGAUUAUGAGUUCUCGGUUUGGGGGAAUCGCCCGUAUCACAAGUCCUGCUACAAGGAACAGCAUCAUCCAAGGUGUGAUGUUUGCAACAGCUAUAUUCCAACAAAUACAGAAGGCUAUAUUGAGUAUAGGGCACAUCCUUUUUGGCUACAGAAGUAUUGCCCCUCGCACGAGCGGGACGGGACUCCUCGAUGUUGUAGUUGUGAAAGAAUGGAACCAAGAGACACAAGAUACUUGUUACUUGACGAUGGUCGAAAGUUAUGUUUGGAGUGUCUAGACUCGGCGAUCAUGGACACCAACGAAUGCCAACCACUUUACCUUGAGAUACGAGAGUUUUAUGAGGGUCUGAAUAUGAAAGUGGAGCAACAGAUUCCAUUGCUGCUGGUCGAAAGGCAGGCGCUAAACGAAGCCAGGGAGGGAGAAAAGGGUGGGAACCAUCACAUGCCUGAGACCAGAGGACUCUGCUUGUCAGAAGAACAAUGUGUUACCACAAUUAUAAGGAGGCCAAGAAUUGGGUCGGGCUACCGGAUGAUCGAGAUGGUAACCGAGCCUUUUAGACUAGUUCGCCAAUGUGAAGUGACAGCGAUUCUCAUUUUAUAUGGUCUUCCAAGGCUGCUGACGGGGUCAAUCCUUGCUCACGAGAUGAUGCACGCUUGGCUCCGGCUUCAAGGUUAUCCCAAUUUAAGUCCUGCAGUUGAAGAAGGCAUUUGCCAAGUUUUGGCUCACAUGUGGUUGGACUCUGAGAUGUAUUCUAGCUCUGGAAGCGACGUCGCAUCCUCUUCUUCUUCCUCAUCCUCGCCGUCAUCGUCCUCAUUGACGUCCACUUCGUCGAAGAAGGGUCUGCGGUCAGACUUCGAGAAAAAGCUUGGCGAGUUCUUCAAGCACCAAAUAGAGUCGGAUAGUUCAGCAGCCUAUGGAGACGGGUUUAGGUUAGGCAACCAGGCCGUGCUCAAGUACGACCUUCGAAGUACACUCGACCACAUCAGGAUGACCGGAAGCUUCCCUCUGUGAAUAAUUUACAUAGAGAAUUUGAAUUAAGUGUUGGAAAAACACCCUGAGAAUAUAUAGUUUUACAGGCAAAAGAAGAUACAAAGAAGAGAUAAUCAUGAGACUGAAUAAAAGGUGGAAUGCUGUCCAGACAUUGGAUCAGUACAGGAUAUCAUCCAAACACACGAAAUCAUCUCCUUCCUCUGUAAUGGCAACCAUGCUGUAUUGUGUGCACUCGGCAAUGUUUUCGUUGAAGUUCCGGACUUAACUUUCA